CCCAAAUAUGUUGAUAAUCUGCCUUCUACUUCUGUAAAUUGGCUUAAUGAUGACAAGAUGGACCUACCUCCAAGCCCUACCCACCACCACCACCCCAGCUCUUAUCUUUCUCUUCACACCCAGUCCGUUUGCUUUCAGUCUUUCCUCCCUUGAAGAGCUGCCAAAUGUGUUGGUAUAUCUUUCCUUGUAACAUCCAGUUUGAACGGAGACAGCUGUGCUGGUGUGAAAGGCAGUAGAGGCCACACGGGUAGAUUAGAGAUGGAACUCUACAGUGUGGCACUCCAGGUCCCUCACCAUAUAUCCAUCCAUGGUGGGCUGCACCCAUCCAGGGUCAUCACCGUGUCUGGCACUGUCCCAGAAAAUGCUCAAAGGUUCCACAUCAACCUGUGCACAGAGCGAGACAUCGCCUUCCACUUCAACCCUCGAUUUGAUCAAAACUCUGUGGUUUGCAACACUCAGAUCCAGGGCAUCUGGGGGACAGAGGAGCGAAAACUGCCCGUCAACAUGCCCUUCAGACGUGGACAAAGCUUCACGGUGGCGAUCACAUGUGAAGCUGACCACUACAGUGUGAGCGUGGAUGACCAACACCUGCUGGACUACACUCACCGCCUGCCAGAACUGCAGACCAUUGUUCACUUGGAGAUGGGGGGCGAUUUUGAGCUUUCUAAAGUGAGUGUCUAGGUGGCCUCCCUGGCUGGUGUACUGCUGUGUGCAUCUUGUCCCACUGCUCUUCCUUGCCCUGCAACAGCCUCUGGAGCCCUAGCCUCUGAGCACAGGCUGCCUCUCCCUGUAACAGCAGGCAAAGCCCAGCUCUACUCUUCCAUAGUAGGGCUCCUGAGCCUACUGAGCCCCCUGCAAGGCCCACGCUGCAUGCAGUUCUCAAUAGCCCUCCCACCCUCUGUGCAAUGCCUCUUGGGUCCCAGGCCACAGCUGUGCACUGCAGUGAUGAGGGGACCUGCACAGACUCCCCAACCCAAGCCUGUGACCUUAGCCUCUCUCCUUGGCUUAGCACCCUGCUGCCUCCCAACCCCUCUGGGAAGGCUGCUUGGAGACAUCCCGCUGACUUCUCCCAGCCCACCAGAACUUUCUCAGAGAAGGCUCCUCCCUUUCCUGACAAACUUAAAAUAAAGAGA